AAAUUACACAAAACAUUUCAGUAAAGAAAAAAAAAGCACAUUUUCGUCACCACUACGAAAAAUCACAGAUAGAUAAAGCUCGACGACCCUAAAACCCUAAAUCUCCCGAUCCGCCAUGAGAGCAUCUCUCUUCCGAAACGCAUCUCUCUGCGCUCGCAGACUCCUCCUCGCUCCUCGCAUCACCACCACCCAUCAAAUCUCCUCCUCCUUCUCCAAUGCUCCCUUCAUCGCUCCGUUAUUCCCCAGAUUAUUCUCCUCCGAGUCCGAUUCGUCCGGUGAAAACCCUCCUCCUCCUCCUCCUCCCGAGUCUUCUUCUCCUCCGAUCGAAUCACCCAACAAGAAAGAUCUCGCUGUAGAAGACGUAAGCAACAAAGAGCUGAAAGCGCGUAUAGAGAAGUACUUCAACGAAGGAAACGAAGACGCAUUACCCGGAAUCAUCGAAGCUCUUCUCCAGAGAAGACUUGUUGACAAGCACGCGGACACAGAUGACGAAGUCAUGGACUCUCUCCAGAGCCAGCCUUUUAAAGACGAUGUGAAAGAUGAAGACUUUGAAUCUGAUUUCGAGGAAGCUCACUCUACUGACGACGAGCUUGAGGAUCUGUAUAAUUCACCUGAGUAUGUCAAGAAGAAGAUGCAGAAGAAUGAGUUUUUCAAUAUGGAUGAGAAGAAGUGGGAUGUUAUUGUUAGAGAUGGGAUUCGGCAUGGGAUUUUGAAAGAUACUAAGGAGUGUGAAGAGAUUCUUGAGGAUAUGCUUCACUGGGACAAGCUUCUUCCUGAUGACUUGAAGAAGAAAGUUGAAGCAAAGUUUAAUGAACUCGGUGACAUGUGUGAGAGUGGUGAACUCACCCCUGAGGCAGCUUAUGAGCUUUUUAAGGAAUUCGAAGAUGAGAUGGUGAUUCAAUAUGGGGAUCAGAUGGAAGCUGCAGGACCUCCCAAGUUUGAUGAAACGGAUCCUGCCUAUAGGAACACCAACUUGGAUGACCCUCCUGGUGAAGGCCCAAUCCUUAGGUGGCAAUCAAGGAUUGUUUUUGCUCCUGGAGGCGAUGCUUGGCAUCCAAAGAACAGGAAAGUUAAGCUGUCUGUUACAGUGAAAGAGCUCGGACUCUCUAAGCAUCAGGCCCGUAGGCUAAGGGAACUCGUGGGGAAAAGAUAUGAUUCAGGGAAAGACGAGCUUACAAUUACCAGCGAGAGGUUUGAACAUCGAGAGGAAAACAGGAAAGAUUGUCUGAGGACGCUUUACGGGUUGAUAGAGGAAGCUGCGAAAGCCAACAAGAUCGCUGAGGACAUAAGAACUGCUUAUGUGAAACAGAGGCUCCAAGCUAACCCAGCUUUUAUGCAGAAACUACAAGACAAGAUCAUGAGGUCUAAAGAAUCAAACCCCAUCAACGCAUGAAGAAACUUCUUCCUGGUUCGUGCUUUUGUUCUCCGUUUUCACCAAAGAAUCCAAGUUGAUGAUCUCUUUUCGAGCCAUCAGUUGAUCCGGAUUUCGGAUCCAUAAAGUAGUAUUGAUGGUAACUCCAUAUUUUGUUUUGGUUUUACUUCUCCUUUUGUCAUGAAACUUGGUCGUGUUGUUGGGGGCUUAUUAGGACCAUGAGACAGUGACUGUUUCUUUUAUGGGUUACGUUAUGAAGCGAUCCUCCCUUGAAACUUUGGUUUUAAUAUUGGAUUUGGAUCGGUUUAUCCGGUUUAGUAACUAAAGGAAAAAACAGAAGAUAGUUUUCUAUGCAUC